ACGAUUGUAAUUCAUCGUCAGACUCUCAAAGCAGGCAGAUAGAUGUUGGUCUGUUUCUCUCGGUGUUGUUGGCAUUCGCGAGUGUAUGAUUAUGAUAUUUUGUACCUAACUACAUAAUUUCAAGAGUUGUAAACGGCAACCUGGACAUUGGGCUGCAAAGCUGUCACAUUUUACCAUAAAUCGUCACUUUUCACCGUAUUCGUUGAUAAAAGGACUAGAAAAUGUUGAUGUUCCAUCGCGCACUAAAGCCAGCCUCGACGACAAAGCUUAACCGUGCUGUUUUAUGUCUGUCAUUCUGUUCACAGUCAGCUGGAAAACAGCUGAUCGCAGAAACUCAUUAUCGCCAGGUUCGUCAUCGAAAUGCAGAUGUGAAAGCGAAUGUUCGCAAUGCAGAAAUUGCAAAGAGUGAUGCAACGACCAGCGAAGAAGACGUAUACCUUAAAACUUACCUGAAAUCUCUAUCCAGACGAGAGGAAUACUGGAAAGACCUGGCGUCUGCACUGGUGUGGGAUGAGAAGAAGGACAAAGUUUUAGAUGACACAGAUUCUCCGUUUACUAAAUGGUUUUCCGGAUGGAAAAUUAAUGUGUGCUAUAAUGCAUUGGAUCGGCACUGUGAUGAGGGUCGAGGAGGCGAGAUCAUUCUGCAUCACGAAAGUCCGGUAACAAAUUCAAGAUGUUCCCUGACGUACGACGAAAUUUUAAGAGAGGUAAAAGCUUUCGCAGCCCAUUUGUCGAAUCUCGGAGUCAAAAAGGGCGAUCGCGUCAUAAUUUACAUGCCGAUGAUUCCACAAGCCGUGACGGCGAUGUUAGCAUGUGCUAGAAUCGGUGCAAUUCAUUCCGUGGUUUUUGGAGGUUUUGCCGCCAAAGAAUUGGCCACCAGAAUUUCUCAUGCUAAGGCAGUAGCAGUGAUCUGCGGGUCCCAUGGCAUUGAAAGAGGCCGUGAAGUGGACUACAAGAAGAUUGUUGACGAUGCCAUUAAUACAGCAACUAACAAGCCAAAGCACGUUGUUGUGUUCCAGCGUCCGGAAAUGUCUCGCAGUUCGUGGACCAGUGGUCGUGAUUCCGAUUGGCAUGAAGCAGUUGCGGCGGGGAAGAGUGUUGACUGCGUGCCGAUCGACGCCAUGGAUCCGCUGUACAUUCUCUACACAAGCGGCACAACUGGAACACCUAAGGCCGUGGUACGUCCAGCAGGAGGCUACGCGGUAGCACUACAUUGGUCCAUGUAUAAUGUCUACGGAAUGAAACCGGGAGAGAUUUGGUGGUCGGCGAGUGAUUUUGGCUGGGUGGUGGGCCAUUCAUACAUCUGUUACGCUCCGCUGCUGCACGGUAACCCGUCCGUUAUCUACGAAGGAAAGGUCACCGAUACACCGGAUGGUAGUAGCUAUUUUAGGCUAAUUGAGCGCUAUAAAGUUAAGGGAAUGUUCACCACUCCCACCGCUAUGCGAGCGCUUCGACAAGUGGAUCCCGAGGAAAAUUUGGCCGGAAGCAUGACAUCAAAAGUUACUCUACAUUGCGGAGAGCACUGUGAUGAAGGAACCAAGGCUUGGACGAAAGAAACGUUCAACGCUGCAGUUUUGGAUAACUGGUGGCAAACUGAGACUGGAUGGCCGAUAACAUCGACGUGCAGUGGGUUGGGUUCGAAUCUCGAUCCUCCACCGCAUUCAUCCGGCCAUGCUGUACCGGGCUACGAUGAAGCAAGAUGCCUGCCAACAGAAGCGAUACCGGUCCAACAACGAACCCCGAGCGGCUUCCAGAUUUUCGGCCGUGAGUUGCUUGCCUCUCAUGGAUCUGGAGGUGAAGGAUGGGACGGUCAACGGACACCGGACUCCCAUUGGAAGAGGACGCGUACCGGCGACCCCACACGGGUCGACCGGAGAGGUGCGACGCUGGCGCGGUACUGAGUCGGAGCAUCCUCGCAGGAGCUCGGAUUCCCGCCCAGAGGCAUGUUAGAGGCACGACAGCCUGCGUGAUAGAUACGCCACUUUGCGUAUGCGUAUCACUGCACACAUGCGGAUUCGCCCUCUCUUGUACGUACGUGAGUGGCUGCACUGCACUCUCCGCUUAGCGGAUACACCGCGGGCGCACUCACUGAGCAUACUUGCUCUCUCGCUCCUCUCUCUCGCUGUAUGACUCAGCGCUUAUACGCUCGCGUUGGAUACGAGUCCAGUCUGCGCACUCACAUUCCUUGUGUCUGGACAGCGUGACGCCGUUGCCGCCAGCACAUUCGAUUCUCUACAUUUCAUUACGCGUAGAACUCGCUCGCAGCAACUUGACUUGCUGAUUUCUGCCAGACAUUGGCUUUGUUCUGUUUUUCUCCCGCAAUCACGCGGUAUUUGCUCCCCUUUAUUUGUACAAUAAAGGCACCUGUGA